AUGUCCGCUUCAUGCUGCAGCCAAUCACAAGACAUCUUUAGGCAUAAAAGCAAGACAGCAAAUGUGGUUGAGAAGCAGGAAGGAGAGGGGAAGCAAAGGUUUACAUGAUGGCACUUACACUUUUAUCCAUCUUAAUUGCUGCCAUUCCUGUGGCCUUCUGCUACCCUACUGCCUUCCAGGACCUGGAGGGAACUAGCACGAACCGUACCUCCAUUAAGUUCAUAGCUGUAGGAGACUGGGGUGGGGUGCCUUACCCCCCCUACAUCACUGCUGUGCAGAAGGCUACUGCUCGAGAGAUGAGCAAAGUAGCAGAGCAGAUGGGAGCUGACUUUAUUCUGGCCCUUGGCGAUAACUUCUACUACAAAGGUGUGAACAGUGUAGAUUCUCCUCGGUUUCAGGACACUUUUGAGACUGUGUACACAGCAAAGUCUCUCAAAGUCCCCUGGUACGUGCUCGCCGGCAAUCAUGACCAUGCAGGGAACGUCAAAGCCCAGAUCGACUACAGCCACAAGUCUGACAGAUGGAAGUUCCCCUCUUACUAUUAUGAGCUGAACUUCCGCAUCCCCAACACUGGGAAGACUUUGACCAUCAUCAUGCUCGACACCAUAAUGCUGUGCGGCAACUCUGAUGACUUCCUGGAUGAAAAGCCCAGGGGCCCUCUGCGUGAGGUGGAUGCCAACCGUCAGCUGACCUGGCUGCAGGAGAGGCUGGCUCGGUCCAAGGCGGACUUCCUUUUGGUGGCCGGUCACUACCCUGUGUGGUCGGUGUCCGAGCACGGGCCCACGGAGUGUCUCCUGCAGAGGCUCCGUCCUCUGCUCAUUAAAUACAAGGCCACCGCUUACCUCUGCGGUCACGACCACAAUCUGCAGUACAUUAAAGAGUCUGGUGUGGGAUACGUGGUGAGCGGUGCCGGAAACUUCCUGGAUCCCGAUGUCCGUCACUGGAAUCAUGUCCCCAAAGGUACUGUGAAGUUCUUCACCGGCCAAGCUUCAACCCUGGGAGGCUUCAUCCACGCAGAAGUCACCAAGGACAAGAUGAUUGUGACCUUCUUACAGGCUAAAGGCACUUCUCUCUAUCGCACGGUCCUCUCCCAAAGGGUCUUUGAGUAGACUAGCUCAUCACAGGAACAGUCAAGUUGUAAAUGAAAUGUACAGCAAUAGUCUCCAGUGAGUAAUUGCUGUUAAUCCUGUGUUUUUACACUUUUUGGCAUUAAUAUUUCAAAGUAAAUUGUAUUUUAAAAAGAAUUAAGUAGUUUUACAUGAGACUUUAUUGUGAUAAAAUAAUAAAUGUG